AUGUCUGGAACAGAUGAGAUCACCAUUGUAGUGGCAUCUGAAUCAUGUCCUGAGGAGGAUUUGAAAGCUAUCGAGAUUCACUGCCAACUUCUUUAUUACUCUUAUAAGAGUCGCCAAAAGUUGAGGAUGUCCACAGUGGGGACUCCUCAACUGGUACCGGCAAUGAUGGAGGUUCUGGUAGUUCAACUAAUGAGAAUGAGAAGUAGUAGUGAAAUCAAUGCUGAUCGGCACAUCAGUGCUAGAUCAAUCGCAAGGACAGAUGAUCAGCACGAUGAAAUCGAAUCUUAUUUAUUACACUUACUGGUUCGGCACCAAAUUGAUGGUGGUGAUGUUGGGAAGUCCUCAGCAGGAACUGGCAAAGAUGACCCAGGUAGCUCCACUAAUGGGGAUGAGGAGAAGAAGUAG